AUGUCUUACAAGCCCGCGCUGGCCGCGCACAUGCCCGCCGCCGCCCUCAACGCCGCGGGGAGCGUCCACCCGCCAUCCACCAGCAUGGCUACGUCCUCCCAGUACCGCCAGCUGCUGAGUGACUACGGACCACCAUCGCUAGGCUACACGCAGGGAACGGGGAACAGCCAGGUGCCGCAGAGCAAAUACGCCGAGCUGCUGGCCAUCAUCGAAGAGCUGGGGAAGGAGAUCCGGCCCACGUACGCAGGCAGCAAGAGCGCCAUGGAGAGACUAAAACGAGGCAUCAUCCACGCCAGAGGGUUGGUUCGGGAGUGCCUGGCCGAGACGGAGCGGAACGCCAGGUCCUAG